AUGUCAGCAAGCUGCAUAGUUAGAUUUGAGAUAUACCCAUUUGUUGAAUCCGGAAAUCUGUCAUCCUCACCCUCACCUUCCCCUGAGGCGUCAUCACCACCUCCGACAACAUCCCACACCAGUUCUCCGCCGGUAGCCCUCGGUCCUUCUGAGCCAACUUCUCAGGGGAAAUCAAACAGGCAUGCAUUUUCUCCUCAAUCCGGGUUACGUCAACAGGAACAACGUUUUAUCCUCAGCUUGGGAGAACUUGCAGAAUCCAACGAAAAUUUUCAUGAUAAUAAUAAACUUGGAGAGGGGGGUUUCAGUUCGGGAACAACCAAGGACGGUAAGCAAAUAGCAGUGAAAAAACUGUCUGCAAAGUCUAGGCAAGGUAAAGAAGAAUUUAUGAAUGAAGUGAAGCUUAUGGCCAAUGUUGAGCACCGAAACCUUGUGAAGCUACUUGGAUGUCGCGUUGAGGGAGAUGAAAGAUCCAAAAAGCGUAGACUGUUAGAUUGGGAAAAGCGGUAUAACAUUAUCAUUGGAGUGGCUCGUGGCCUUCUCUAUCUGCAUGAAGAUUCAUAG